AUGGAAGCGAUGGGAGCGGAACGGGACCGGCUUUCUUACCAUCGAGUUCUCCGGUUGUUGCCUAGAGGGCCUUGGGUACCACGCAGCGCCCUCCAGCGGAUGCUGGCGCCGUUCCCCCGGCAACAGGAGUGUGGGGUGAAGAUCCUGGAGCAGAUGGAGCGAUACGGGGUGGUCCCGGACGCGGAGACUCGGUUCCUGCUCUUGGGGGUCUUUGGCCCCCGCAGCCGCCCGGUGCGGAAGUGCCAGCGCCUGCUCUAUUGGCUGCCCCGCAUGAGCCGCAUCAACCCGCACCCGCUGCCCGCCCCACUGCCGCCCCCCGGCCUGCCCCGCGCCCGCCUCGCCCUGCAGCGCAUCCAGCCCCACACCGCGCUCACCGUGUACCAGCACCCGCUGCCGGAGGAGGGUGAUGGGGAAGGCUCCAUCCAGCCCUACAUCAUCGGCUCCCAGAGCGAGGACCAGCGGGACCUCCUGGCCCGGCACAACCCCUCCCGCCCGGUCUACGUGGAGGGCCCCUUCCCUCUCUGGCUCCGCAGCUCCCAGCUGCACUACUACGUGCUCCGGGGGGACCCCCUGCCCCCCAACCUGCGGGAGGAGCCCCUCGACCCUGAGCGCAGCUUCUAUUACCCCCUGUAUCUGGACCUGGACCUGGAGCGUGGCCCCUGGGAUGAUGAAGACUUCGAUAUAGAUGAAGUGGAGGAAGGACCCAUCUUCGCCCUGUGCAUGGUGGGAGCCGGCGACCGCCGCACGCUGGGGAAGUGGCUCUCGGGGCUGCAGGAGGAGAACCCGGUGCUGGGGAAGACCCCCGUUAUCUUCCGCCUUAACGAAGGGGGGCACCCGCAACCGGGACCCCCCCUCGCACAGCUGGAACCCCCCCGGCAGGGACGUGGAAGCAUCGCGGGGGGCACUGAAAGCCCAGGGGAAUAAAGGAGGUGACACCAUGGA